AAAACCAUUUUUGCCGCUGACAGAUCCCAGCUAGCCCCACCUUCCGAAUACCUACUGUUUCAGUAUGCAAGUGGUUCGGAGUUGAGCCUAAAAAAACUCAUCCAAUCCGAAUGGAGGACUUGAAACUGUUCUGGAUAAGCUUGGUCAUAAUAUUUCUGAUGAAGUACAUCAAAAUAAGCCGAUUGUUCUCGAGACAAGGAAGCGUGUUGUGGACAUGGCAAAGAGUCAGCUUAUAUCAAAUACCAUCAAUACAUAUGGUUGCUUGGUGCCUGUCACAGAGCGGAGGUAGGAAUUCUACGUAGACGAUGUCUUCAGCCAGUUCAUGUUAAAGCGGAUUGCUCCGUAUCACUUUGCCACCGAUGCAAAACUUUUAGUCACUUUGAGGCACCUGUGCCGCCUUGUCUCUGGAAUGUUAAACUAAUCACCAUUGGAAGAAGUAUAACAUUCGUAGCUAUGCAUUUGUUGUUAGAUCUUUGAAUACAACGGCAACGCCGAGCAUUCUAGAAGUUUUAAAUACAACGGCUCAAACACAAGGCUCAGCUGGUCAAAGUAAUCCCAGGAUUCAUUGGCCAACGAUAGUGCGCAACAGCUGAGGGACGUCAAUAAUGUUAGCGCGCCUAAACACACAACGUUGAGCAAACAGGAGUUGGAACAGCACGACAGGACUGGAUGGAAAGAACGCAGACGUAUCCGGCAAAGUAAGCGAUGAUGACCAGCAACGGCAAAGAGACCACGACUUAGCAUUUAGACCGAUAAUCUACUCUUUCUGCGAGAACAAAAGCCCAGAAAAGGCAAAUGGAGAAUACUCGGGGUUGCCAACGACGAAAAUCAUAACCAUGUCUGUUGAUGCUAUUAGCAACACCACGCCCUUCCCUAUAUGAAAUCGCUCUUCACGUGCAACCAAAAAUCAAUGGUGAAUCGUCUCCACUACACGCGAGUGCAUGUGACAUUGGUGUGUGACACAAGUUCAUCAGACUUAACAGAAAAUCACCAGGCUCCGAAAAGGUCAUCUUUAAAUGAUGGAUAGCGGUGAGCCAUUAAAAUUGGACGGAGUCGCGCGCCUCCUUCUGAACGAAAAACUCUAUCUCUCCGCGCUAGAGCUGCAUACUGAACUUCUCCAUCGAGGAAGUGAACUGCCUGUUCUCAGGGACUUUUUCAAUAAUCCUGGUAACUUCGAGCAUCUCGUGCAGAUAACUGAACCUGUAGCAACGACGCCUUGCCCGUUACCUCGUACUUCAUCCGUUCAGACCCUCGAAAGCCUUGAUAUGACUCGCUACUCAGAAGACGGUGAAGGCCUUAUGGCGGAAAAGGUUGCCGUCCUGGAAUUUGAACUGCGUAAGGCUAAGGAUGCCAUACGAAGUCUGCGUAACAAUCUAACAGUAGUAAGCGAGCACACGCCAGAUGCAGCGGUUGUGAUUUCUGCAUCUGCAUCCUUGGCGCCGCUACAAGGUGAUGACGGAUGCCGCACUGUUGUGGAUGACCUGCCGCACAGUAUCGGCGGAACAACAGCGUGCACGCCUGGUGAAGCUCCCCUACUCCCUCACGAGCAAAGGGCUGUUAAUUUCCUUGUAAAUGAGUAUCUACUAGAACAUAAUUACAAGCUCACCGCAAUAACUUUCGCGGAAGAAGACGAUAACCAGGGUCGAGAUUUUGACGACUGGGAUGAAGUCGGCUUGAAUAUCUCUAAACCACCACGACUUGGGCAACUUUAUCGUAAAUUUAAUCGAUGGCAUUCUAGUACGCGCAAGACGUCUUCCACCGAACUUGCUCCUCCAUGUUCUAUGGAACAGAAGCCAGAAAGUUGCCCAUCAAUCGAUCUUCCCGAUAUAGUUGGACACGCUUCGUGAAUGAGUGUUUGCUACUCGCUCUUGCCAUAGUUAUACAAGGCGGAAAAUAUAUUUUGUCUCCCGGGGUUGUAGUUCGAAUUCAAAAUGAAGGUGGACGUCGUCGUUCAAGAAUUCCUUGGCAUAAACGACCGGUCUGAGAGUCUACAGCAAACAAGAAACAGACAGAUAGACGGACGAACAAAAAAUUCUUGUUUCUUUGGUAAAAGCAGCGCCGGCUUUUGUUGAUGCUACGGCCAUCGCGACAUUUCUGCGCAGCCACCACCAAUAGUAAUUCCAGUUUUUUUACUAGCUGUUAUUAUACUGUUGUUAUAUGUAUUUAUAGUAAGCUAAAUUGUUGCUUGCAAAUCACUUUCUGUACACUCCAGCAAGUCAAAGCUAAUGAAAGGGGUAACAAUCUAUACAUAUAUACUUACAUUACAUGGUCAUUUUGCACAAAAAACUGAUUGGGUUAUUUUUAAUGUCUAUCUGUGGAUCUAUAGCGAAUACGAUUAAUUCCCUUCGCUGCUUGUAUCACAAAAGAAAGAAUCGUGAAUAUCAGCUUUGUUAUCUACAAAAGCAUAUGUGUUUGAAGCAUACCCAUAACUAAUGUGUUGACAGUAGCAGGGAUAUCUCGAAAGCAAAGGCUUUCUAAGCAAGGGGAGAUGGAAUCCCUUUCACAGAAGGCAGCUGCUGGAAUUACCAAAAAAUAAUUACGAAAGAAUAAAGGCAACUCCAACAGA